AUGGCAUCAUUCAUGCGUUACCUUUCCCCUAAAUUUGCAUUCAACAAGCACCCUUCUAAGGUCUUGUCUGAUGUCCCAACUGUGGUGACCAAGUUCUACCAGCACAUCCUUGCCCUGGUGUUUGCCAUUGAUGAGAUCAAUUAUAAUCCCAAUAUCCUGCCCAAUGUUACCCUUGGGUUCCACAUCUAUGACAGCUAUACUGAUUCUAGGAUGACCUAUCGCACCAUUCUGGACCUGCUCUUUAAAUCACAUCACUUUGUCCCCAACUACAAAUGUGGCACCCAGGAAAAUGUAAUUGGAGUCAUCGGUGGAUUCAGCUCUGAUACCUCCUCACGCAUGGCAGACAUCUUAGGUCUUUUCAAGAUUCCACAGAUUUCAUAUGGCUCUUUUCAACCAGCAGUCAAUUAUCAAAUCAAGUCCCCUUCCUUUUAUCGAAUGGUUCCUAGUGAAUAUUUUCAGUACAAAGGAAUUAUUCAACUCCUUUUGCAUUUCAAGUGGAAAUGGGUCGGCCUCAUUGCCCAGGAUGAUGAAGGUGGAGAACAUUUCUUGCAGACCAUAGAGCCAAUGCUUUCCAAAAAUGGAAUCUGUUCUGAAUUCACACAAAGAGUUCCAACAAAUGUGCGUUUCUCUGAAAAUGUGGUCAAAAUGUUGUUGGAUCGAUUAAAUAUUCUCCCAGCUGUUCUGGUGGGCAAAGCCAAUGCCGUUAUUGUAUCUGGAGAAAGUGCACCAAUCACAUGGUUGGCAAAUACUGUAGCAGCAAUCGAUUUGUAUCGAACAAGGUAUCGUCAAUAUACAUUUUCUGCUGUAAAGGUGUGGAUUACGACAGCCCAAAUUGAUUUCAGAGUCUAUAAACUUCAAAUGAUGAGUGAUAUGAUUAGCCGAAUGUUCCAUGGUUCAAUUUCCUUUACAAUUCACUCAAAGGAAAUUCAAGAUUUCCGGGCCUUUCUUCAGACAAUAAAUCCUUCCGAGGCAGAUGGAGAUGGUUUUAUCAACGAUUUCUGGGCAGAAGCAUUCAGUUGUUCUGUUUCAAAUUCUGCAGCUGGAUUUGAUAUUACAAACUUGAUCACGUUCCGUAAUAAAUCCUACGUCAGAGUGGAAGUGGGCACACUGGAUCCUCGCAAGCCUCCUGGGAAAGAGCUGACCAUUUUUGAGGACCGAGUCGAAUGGCACAAAGGCUUGAUUCAGGUACCACCCCUUUCAGUAUGCAAUGAUGAAUGCCGACCUGGUAAUGGCAAGAAAAAGAAGGAGGGGGAGAAAUUUUGCUGCUAUGAUUGUGCUCCAUGUCCAGAUGGGAUGUUCUCAAAUGAGAAGGGUAGGAGAUACAAAGAAACUUGUCUCAGAUGUCCAGAAGAUCAAUAUCCAAACAAAGCCAAGGAUCAAUGCAUUCUCAAGAUUCCAAAUUUCCUAGCAUAUGAUGACAUUUUGACAAUCAUUUCAACUUCCUUUGCACUUCUGUUGUCUCUGGUUACACUUCUAGUGCUUAGCAUCUUCAUCAAGCACCAGGACACUGCCAUAGUCAAAGCCAAUAAUAGAAGCCUCACCUACAUUCUCCUCAUCUGUCUCCUCUUAUCUUUCCUCUGCUCCUUACUGUUCAUUGGAAUGCCUAAUGAGGCAACAUGCCUUCUCCGACAAACUUCUUUUGGCAUCAUCUUCUCUGUGGCCCUCUCUAGCAUCUUGGCCAAAACCAUAUCUGUGGUCUUGGCAUUCAUGGCCACCAAACCAGGAUCCAGGAUGAGGAAAUGGUUGGGACAAAAAUUGGCUUAUUCCAUAGUUCUCUUCUCCUCCACCAUUCAGCUGGGCAUCUGCACUCUCUGGCUGACAACCUCUCCACCAUCCCCAGAUUUGGACAUGCACUCAAUGGCAGAAGAAAUAGUUUUUUUGUGUAACGAAGGGUCAGCUACUAUGUUCUAUUGUGUCUUGGGCUAUAUGGGCUUCCUGGCCAUUGUCAGUUUUACCGUGGCCUUCCUAGCCAGAAAGUUGCCAGACACUUUUAAUGAAGCCAAGUUCAUCACCUUCAGCAUGUUGGUCUUUUGCAGUGUUUGGCUGACUUUUGUUCCAACUUACCUGAGCACAAGAGGAAAAUACAUGGUGGCCGUGGAGAUCUUCUCUAUCUUGGCUUCAAGUGCUGGGUUACUUUGUUGCAUCUUUUCCCCCAAAUGCUACAUCAUUCUUCUGAGACCUGACCUGAACAAGAGAGAGCAAUUGAUACGAAAAAAGUUAUAA